GCCAGAGGGUGAGCUGCGCGGCGUAGCGCGGCGGGGAGGUAAGAUGGCGCCGCUGCUGGCGCUUCACCGUUGCUGUUAGGUUGCCGGUUGUCCUUUCUGUCAGGUUUUGGUAUGAACAGGAUUCGGAUUCACGUCUUGCCAACGAAUCGGGGGAGGAUCACCCCAGUGCCCAGAUCGCAGGAGCCCCUUUCUUGUUCAUUUACUCACCGCCCAUGCUCUCAGCCGCGUCUGGAGGGGCAGGAGUUUUGCAUUAAGCAUAUUCUCGAAGACAAGAAUGCACCCUUCAAACAAUGUAGUUACAUAUCAACGAAGAAUGGAAAACGGUGUCCCAGUGCUGCCCCAAAGCCCGAGAAGAAAGAUGGGGUGUCUUUCUGUGCUGAACAUGCUCGAAGGAAUGCUCUAGCACUUCAUGCUCAAAUGAAGAAGAAUAAUCCAGGCCCUAUGGGUGAAACCCUCUUGUGCCAGUUGAGCUCAUACGCUAAAACAGAGCUGGGCUCUCAGACCCCAGAGAGCAGUCGAAGCGAAGCCAGCAGAAUACUGGAUGAAGACAGCUGGAGUGAUGGGGAUCAGGAACCCAUUACUGUGGAUCAGACAUGGAGAGGUGACCCUGACAGUGAAGCUGAUAGCAUAGACAGUGAUCAAGAAGAUCCCCUAAAACAUGCUGGUGUCUACACAGCUGAAGAAGUGGCUCUUAUUAUGAGAGAAAAGCUAAUUCGUUUGCAGUCUUUGUACAUUGAUCAGUUUAAACGACUACAACACUUACUCAAAGAGAAGAAGCGCCGUUACUUACACAACCGAAAAGUGGAACAUGAAGCUUUAGGUAGUAGUCUCCUGACUGGCCCAGAGGGACUUUUAGCCAAAGAAAGAGAGAAUUUAAAGCGACUAAAAUGUCUUAGGCGAUAUCGUCAACGCUAUGGAGUGGAAGCCUUACUACAUAGACAGCUGAAGGAACGCAGAAUGCUGGCCACAGAUGGGGCUGCUCAACAGGCUCAUACCACUCGUUCCAGUCAGAGGUGCUUAGCCUUUGUGGAUGAUGUUCGUUGCUCAAAUCAGUCUCUUCCGAUGACCAGACACUGCCUUACCCAUAUUUGCCAGGAUACAAAUCAGGUUCUCUUCAAAUGCUGCCAGGGAUCUGAAGAGGUACCCUGCAACAAAGCAGUUCCUGUAAGCCUCUCUGAGGAUCCCUGCUGUCCACUGCAUUUCCAGUUGCCUCCUCAGAUGUAUAAGCCCGAGCAGGUAUUGUCUGUGCCAGACAAUCUGGAAGCCGGCCCCAUGGAUCUGUACUUGAGUGCUGCCGAGCUUCAGCCCACUGAGAGUUUACCACUGGAGUUCAGUGAUGACUUGGACGUGGUGGGUGAUGGAAUGCCGUGCCCUCCUUCACCCUUACUUUUUGAUCCUUCACUAACUCUCGAAGAUCAUUCCGUCAAAGAAAUUGCUGGAGGCCCAGGCCAGAUGCAGGUGUCUGGAGAUGGGUCCAGAUACCAAGGACCUCGAAAUUUAGAGAAAGCCUGUGCAUCAUUCCCCCAGCGUGGAUUGGCGACUGCAAAUGGAAAGCCAGAGCCCACUUCUAUCAGUUGAUAGUUCAUUCUGAGAAUUGCUUGACUUUGGAUCUGAACUUCUCAUUCUUCAAACAAGUUUAUCUCUGGUCAUCUCUCACUAAACAGGGGUAACCCAGACUACAUGGUGUUUCUUCGGGCCUAUACAGUGCUAAAAGCAAACAUAAACCAAAUUUGUGAGGAAUGGAUCUUUAGUAUUUAGAAGUUACAGGAUUCUUUGCAAGGAAGAGAGUGUGGUAGUCUCUGCCUUUGGGAUGGAAUGAAUAUUGGAGACUCUGCCUGGGAAAGAGACAUUUGGCGAUAUGAUUUCCUAAGCCAUGGAUGAAAUCCAUCUAGGCAGGGGCUGCGGUCCUGAGGUGCUGGCCGUUCAUGUCUGUCCGUCUGUAUCUAAAGACCUGUGAUCAACCCUUUCCUCAGUUCCACAUAGCUGGGCAGUAGAAACCCCUUUCCUAGUGACAGAAAAGCAGCUCACCUCACAGAUCUGGGCUCUCCUUAAUUAUCCUUGCUUUUAACUUAUGUAAAUGUCUGGUGGAUUCCCUAUGUAAAUUAUAGUAAAAUUGUUGUAUAUAGUUUCUAUUAAAUGGUAAAAUGUUAUGGAAAUGUAAAGUAGUGUGAAUUGAGUUUGUGGGGUUUUUGUUUUGUAUUUGAGUGUCUAUAUUAUUUCCUGGGAAAGGUACAUAGUAUUUCUAUCCCCAAACAGGCAUUACUGGAGAAACAGCGUGUUCACUGGGGUCAAGACUGUAUAGUGCUUUAGGGUCUUGGUUGAACCCCACAGAGGAGAUGAAAGAAUGGUCGACAAAGGGGGCAAUAUAUGGUGAGGUUUGUGUCAGGCUGGUUUUAGGGAAACAUUUGACAGAUGCUUCUGAAGACUGAAUAACAGUUCACAGAAAACAUAAGUAAUUAAACCAUGAGGAAAAACGGUUAAGCUCUGGGGUGGCCCUUAUCCCAUUACUGUAUGAGCUGUGCAUUCCUCCCUGCAUGAAGGUAUGCUGAGGUGAAGGUCAUCUGCCAGCCCAGCGUGCUUUCAAGUAUUUCAGUACUUUCUUGUUGCGUCUGACUAGGGUUUAUGGUUCCAAAAGGGAUAAGAGGCCGUGGCGUGACGACAGAAAGCUUGACCACAAGCAUGAAACAGCAAACUGGAAGUGUGCAGCAAGUCUGCAUCAUCUAAGACUCCAAAAAUUGCCAUCAAGUGUCCAGAUGCCAGAGACUGGUGGACAUUUUUCAUUCAAAUAGCCACAUCAGGUUUGUCCAACAGAAAGUCCAUAGUACUGGGCCAGAGACUGUCAGAAGGGAGCAGUGAUGAAAGGCCAGCGUGAGCCAUGUAAUCCACCCCACCAAGACCAUCAGUGCUGGGGAGACAGCACUGCCCCACAAUAGUGCUGCAGGAUGACAAGGUUGGAUAAGCUUGGGAAAUGAGAUCAUAGAGGGCUGGGUGGGAUAGCGGUGCCUAUUCAUGCCGCUGUAGCCAACAUUGCUGAGGUCCUUUUGUGCUGUAUUGGACUUCACUAACAUUCCUUUAUUAGUAUCCUCUUAGCUGCCCAAGGAAUCAGGAAGUCAAUGAAACUUAUAUAUAGAUCUCAGCAAGUUCCUGAAGCCUACAAAGUUCUUAAGUCUUCCCAAAGAUAUAUAAGCAGUAAUUUCUGGGGAGAGGAGACUAAACAAACUUUGUAAACCAGCUCUCAGCAGGCUGUGUAGGGAGCUCCAGCCAUGCGACAUCUGAGUUGUCACAAUGUUGGGGUGAACUUUUUCAGUGAUGUACCAUGCUCCUGUAAGCAAACCAAUAAACUCAGCAGUUUACUGAA